UAAAAGUAAUGCAUCGUGUAACCGAUAGUUUGCGACUGUGUUAUUGUUUGUAAUACCAGUUUCAAUUUGACCAAAAUAAAGCGUUUGUGAGAAAUAGUGAAAAUUGCAGAGAUUUGCGACUUUGUUGUUAUUUGUAAUAUCAGUUUCAAUUUGACCCAAAGAAAGCGUUUGUGAGAAAUAGUAAAAUUGCGGAGAGAUGAGGAUAGAGUUGGUGUUGAUUUGUUGGGCGGCGAUAGUAGGUGUGCAGGGAAUCAGGUUUGAAGUGGGAAAGACAGGGACCAAGUGCAUCUCAGAGGACGUUCACGCCAAUGUUGUUGUCUUGGCAAAUUAUUCAGUGAUCAACCCCGACUCCCACAACGCCAAACAAGCGCUCGCCAUUACUGUUCAGGUGAAUUCACCUUAUGGAGGUUCAUUACACCACGCAGAAAAUGUUUUGUCAGGUCAAUUUGGAUUCACGUCAAAGGAACCUGGUACUUAUACAGCAUGCUUUUGGAUAACAAAUCCUCAAGAAGGAGCAAUUUCUACUGUAGAUCUUGACUGGAAGGUUGGGCUUGCAGCCAAAGAUUGGGAAACAAUUGCAAGAAAAGAUAAAAUUGAAGGUGUUGAACUGGAAUUGACAAAACUUGAAGGAGCAAUAGAGGCUAUUCAUGAUAACUUGUUGUAUAUAAAAGACAGGGAAGCAGAAAUGCGAGAGGUCAGUGAAGUUACAAAUGCUAGGGUGGCAUGGUUUAGCAUCAUGUCAUUAACAGUUUGCUUAGUAAUGUCAGCUUGGCAACUGUGGCACUUGAAGAGUUUCUUUGAGAAGAAAAAGCUCAUUUAAGUGACCUGCUUUGAUAUGAGUUAUUUCUUUCAAACAUAUAUUUCACAGAAUCAAAACCAGUUUUAUUAUUAAUUUGUAAUCAAUUUUGUAACGUAUGCCGCUGGUUAUACAACUUAGGGUGUGACAUGGAGUAGUCAAUUCUAUUUUUCCUAGAUUUAUAUUAAGAAUGUCUAUGGUCGAGUUUUCUGAAUGCAUCA